AAUUCAUCCUAUAUUUUAACAAGCUAGCUAGCUAGUUGUAUCAUUUUUCAAAAACUUUUACGAAGUUCAUCUCUCUCUCUCUCUCUCUCUCUCUCGGGCAUAUAGAUUAGUACUGAUUGAAUAUUAUUUGUUUCACUCUAUAUAAAUACAUAACGUAGAUUUCAUGAUCUGCAUAUUGCUCAGCUAACAAUUGACCCACCUAACAAUAAUUAAGAAAGUGAAGUAGUUCCACACACACCUAUAUAUAUAUAUAUAUAUUGCACAAACAAAGUCAUGCAAUUACUCCAAUUUUUUUUGCUGUGCAUCUUGAAUCCAUAGAGUAUAUUUUGUGAUCAUCUAAAAACCCUAAUUUCUUUUUAUCCAUAAAUGGCAGAGUUGCCUAAGGAGAAGACUUUGGCGGCGACGCCAACGUGGGCGGUGGCCGCCUUUUUCUUCGCGAUGGUUGCUAUCUCCAUCGUCAUCGAACAAAUAAUUCAUCAUGCUGAAUUGUGGUUGAAGAAAAAAAGGAAGGUAGCGCUAUUUGAAGCUCUAGGGAAGAUUAAAGCAGAGCUUAUGCUACUAGGGUUCAUAUCGUUACUGCUGACAGUGACGCAGGAGACUCUUUCUAAUAUUUGUGUACCGAAAAAUGUUGGAGAUUCUUGGCACCCUUGUAAGGAAGACAUAUACAGUAAAAAGAAAUAUUAUGAUCCAUGUCUUGAAAAGGGCACGGUGCAACUUGUUUCAGCAUACGGGAUACACCAGCUGCAUAUCUUCAUUUUUGUUUUGGCACUUUUUCAUAUAAUCUAUUGUGUUGUCACUUACGCCUUGGGAAAACUAAAGAUGAGGAAAUGGAAAGCAUGGGAGGAUGAAACGCAGACAAGUGAAUACCAAUAUUAUCAUGAUCCAGAGAGAUUCAGAUUUGCGAGGGAGACUUCAUUUGGACGAAGACAUUUGCGUUUUUGGAACCGCUCAUCUCUUCUUCUAUGGAUUGUGUGUUUCUUCAGGCAGUUCUUCCCAUCAGUUGCAAAAGUGGAUUACUUAACACUCAGACAUGGCUUUGUAACAGAACAUUUACCACCUCAAAUCCGGGCAACAUUCGAUUUCCAAGUAUAUAUAAAUAAAGCACUCGAAGAAGAUUUCAAAGUCAUUGUUGGAAUAAGCCCUGCAUUAUGGUUCUGUGCUGUUCUGUUUCUCCUAACCAACACCAAUGGGUGGUACUCGGAUUUUUGGCUGCCAUUCAUCCCUCUAAUUAUAAUACUUUUAGUAGGAGCAAAAUUGCAAGUGAUCAUCACAAAAAUGGGAAUAAGGGUUCUUGAUAGAGGAGAUGUGGUGAGGGGUAGUCCUCUAGUCCAGCCCAACGACGAUCUUUUCUGGUUUCGUCGUCCUCCCUUCAUCCUCUUCCUCAUUCACUUUGUUCUCUUUGAGAAUGCUUUUCAGCUUGCUUUCUUUGCUUGGAGUUGGCUUAAAUUUGGAUAUCCAUCUUGCUACCAUGAGAAUCUUGAAGAUAUGAUCAUAAGAAUCGUGAUGGGCAUUGUGAUACAGGUUCUGUGCAGUUAUGUGACACUCCCUCUCUAUGCCUUGGUUACUCAGAUGGGAUCAAACAUGAAGCCAGUCAUUUUCAGCGAUGACGUGGCAUUGGCGCUGCGCGGCUGGCAAGCGACGGCCAAGAAGCACGCGAGUGAAGGGCGGCCGUCCGCCAUCACCACCACAUUCUCCAGCAAACCCCCCACGCCACACGGUAGCACGUCGCCGGCCUAUCUGCGGCAUGGCCGCAAAAGGUCAUCCGGCAUGGACAACGAGGGGUGGGGUGGUGAGGGGGCAUCGGCCUCCCCCAGCCGCCACGACGUUCGUGAUUUAAACAACAAAGAUCGAUUGCCGGAAACUUCAACUUCGGUUACUGAGAUAGAAAGGGAUGUGGAAAACCCUCCUUCUCCGGAGCUGGCUCAGGUGGGCUACAAAAGCCAACAACAAGUUGACACUAGUUCUACUGAUUUCUCUUUUCCGACAAAGAUUCUUGCCGACAAAUAACUUAUUGUAAUGUGCCACCUCGAGUGAGUGAUGAAAAUAUGGAUUUAAUACUAUUCUAAUAA